UUUCACAAAGGCUGUAACAGAACAAACAGAAGACAAGGCACUUCAAGGUGACUUGACGAGUUCUCAUUUUCUUACAAAUUUACAAGAAAGUGAGGUCAUGGAAGAAAAUGAUCCGAAAUUAGUCAAAACAUCUGAUAAGAGUGCAAAGCUAGUGGAACAAGAGAAAACUCAUGACGUUUUAGAAGCAUCUUCAAGCCCUCCUUAUACACAAUUGGUUGAAGACUACGAAAAUGCAAAAAAUGAUUGUGAUGUGACACUUCUGAAAGUUCAAGACGGUAAUCACUCAACAUUGGAUGAGUCAACUGAUCAGAAGUUCUCUAAUUCAGGGUUAUUGAAAGAUCUUCAUGCUGAACCGACCCAAGAAUACAAUAAUAUAGUGAAUGUUAAGGGGGAAUUAAUAGGUUUAGAAGACGCUCAUGAUUCACAAGGUUCACAACCAUGGACACAACAGAACGGUACAGAUUCUUCCGAAUUAAUAUCACCAAGAACAUUGGAGAUCACCCAAAGACCAGAGCAUGACGUCUCUCAAGAUAUUGCUAAAGAUAAAGUUGCUACAGAAGCUAAAGACUCAACUGAUACUGAGAAGAAUGAUGAAGAGAAUCUGAAACAUGAGCACGUUAUAGAAGAAGAUGUGGAAAAGGAAUUGCUUACUUUACAAUCAUUGCACCAUAACACUGGCUUAACGGCUAGAGAAGACGAUGAAGAAUCCAAGAAAGUGGUUGAGGCAGUGCACAAUUCAGAGACCAAAACAUCAAAGACGGAAACAGAUCCUUAGGCUAGUGUUUUAAA